UUUGAGGAAACAGAGUUUUGGUCUCGGUGGGCCAACCCCGACGCAAUAUUUCUUUUUAGCCAUGAGAAGGCGUGCGAGGGCCGUUACCACCACCCAGGAUUCAUUUGCUAGUCAAAGCCCGACUUAACUUACACGCGGAGCUCAAAACAAGACAAAGACGAAGGAAGAAAACCGCUCUCCAAUUCCAUCUCCAUAAAGCACGUCGAGCAGAGCACCCUAUCGUCUGUGCAUCGUAACACAUCUAAUCACGCCACGACCCCGCCUUCCAUUUUGCUUAGUUCUUAUCUCUCGGAUUUUUGUGAUAUUCCAUCGCGGUCCCCAACCCCCACCCCCAGAAUUCAUUCAUACUGACCGGCAAACAGGAUCGUCUCCUCUCUCUCUCUCUCUGUUGCUUCCUGCUUGGCCCCUUCAGCCGUUGCCACGCCAUGUCGAUAAGGACCGUGAAAGUCAGCAAUCUUUCUCUCGGUGCAUCCGAGAGGGAUAUAAAGGAGUUCUUUUCGUUUUCCGGUGAAAUCGAACACGUCGAAAUGCAAAGUGGUGACGAGCGUUCUCAAGUUGCAUAUGUUACCUUCAAGGAUCCCCAAGGAGCAGAGACUGCUGUUCUUCUGUCGGGAGCAACAAUAGUUGACCAGUCUGUUACUAUUGCUCAGGCUCCAGAUUACAAGCUGCCAGCUUCUGUUCCCAUCCUGCCAGCUGCUGUGGGAAACAGGAGAACAGGUGAAUCUGGAACCGCUGUUAAAAAAGCGGAGGAUGUUGUCACAAGCAUGUUGGCCAAGGGUUUCAUUUUGGGCAAAGAUGCUGUUAACCAAGCGAGGGCCUUGGAUGAGAAGCACCAGUUCACUUCAACUGCCGCCGCCAAAGUUGCUUCUCUCGACCAAAAGAUUGGUAUCAGUGAGAAGAUUAAUGCUGGCACAACCAUGGUGAAUGACAAAGUAAGGGAAAUGGACCAAAAGUUCCAAGUUUCUGAGAAGACCAAGUCUGCAUUUGCCACUGCAGAGCAGACUGUUAGCAGUGCUGGAUCUGCGAUAAUGAAGAAUCCUUAUGUUCUGACUGGGGUUUCAUGGGUCACUGGUGCAUUCAGUAGAGUUACCAAGGCAGCAGGGGAUGUUGGGCAGAAGACAAAAGAUAAGGUUCUGGCCGAGGAAGAGCAGGCAAGAAGAUUGGAAGGUUAUGAUCAGAUUCAUGGGUCCGAGUCCCCAGAAGCUACUGGUGGUGAUCAAUCUUCCAAGCCCCCACCUGCUCGGGGCUUGAUCCUUUGAUUUGUUAGAAUUUAUGUAAUGUGAAUAUUUGGCAAUGGAGUUUGAAUUGAAAUAGGUCUUUCGUAUUCGCGAGAUGCAUGUAAUAGCUUGUACAAGCGUUCACCGCACAACUGUAGUUUGGUUCAACUGUUUGCGGUUUUGCAAUGUUGAUAUGUUACUUCAAUUGUCUUUCA